AUCUGUCUGAGUUUUUGUUUUAUCCGGUAUUCUUCGCACGCCUGGACCGAGCUGCCGCCCCGCACCGCACACACACACACGCACCUUCACCCCCCGCACCGCACCGUCGCUGUAAAUCUGCUCGGCAACUUGUUUGUCUGACCGCCCAUGGGCGCUGCUGUUUUCACCCGCUCCGCUGCUGCUGCUGCUGCUCCGCCGGGCUCUGGGGCUGUCCGGUGCGCCUCUGCGGUCGCUCGCUCGCUCGCUCGGUUCGGGACGGUGCCGAGCUCGGCUUUUAUGAAUGACUAACGAGACGGGGAAAAUGCGAGUAAACGCCGAAACCUCGUGCUGCAGCCCGGGCUCCCGGGGGACCAGCCACCGAUGAGAGGGAUUAUCGGCGGCUCAUUGCGGAGAGGAAGCAGAGAAAAAAAAAAAAGAAGAAGAAGAAGCGAGCCUGACUGCAGACUGGCGCGGAGACGCACCGUGACCACACAGCGUAGAGGAUCGGGACAGAACCGCGGUGACCACCAUGUCCAUCCACAUCGUUGCUCUGGGCAGCGAGUGUCCCGGCGGAGUCGGGCCCGGGGAGGAGCCCAUGGGCCAGGGCCAGCUGCAGGGAGGCUUGCUGUGGAGCUACCUGGGUCAGGGGGCCACGGUGGGACCCUGCGACCUGGAGGGCAGCCUGCACAACCCGGCCUUCAUGGAGUACACCUCCCGGGUGUUUGGAGACGUCGCCGUGGUGGUCCGGGACUGUCCCAGUUGGGACCUGUUGGACAGCGACUGGGCCGGCGUGCGGAAAGUCCUCGAGCAGGCCGACAUCCUCGUCAUUAAAUACGCCGUCACAGACAAGCUCGCCUUCCAGCAGGUCAGGAACGGCUACGCCCCGAGGCUCCGCCCUCUUCUGAGGCACUGGGGCGUGCCUGUCAUCCUUGUUGCCGUUGGAGCACGGCUGAAUGAUGAAGGGCCUCCGUGCACAUGCCCGCUGUGCGCGUCUGACUGGAGCAGCUGCGUGCCUCACAGCGAAGGUCUGCAGCUCUCCCGGGACCUGGGGGCCACCUAUCUGGAGCUGCCCUCUCUCAACCACGUCUUCGUUGGCCGCUACUUUGGCAGCGUGCUGGAGUACUUCAUGAUUCAGUGCCUGAAACACAAAGCCAAAGAGAGGCCAGACAAGAGACGAGGGAACAAAGUGAACGAGCUACGUCCUCCUCACUUAGAACAACCAGCUCGUCUUCCUCCCAUCCGAGUGGAGGAGUCCAGCUUCUCCCAGGACAUGCAGUGGCUCUUGGAGCGUGGCGUGCAGUUUGCCGACGUGGCCUUCUACGGCGGGGACUCUGGCAAAGAGCUGGGGUGGGCCCACGCGGCCGUGCUGUGCGCUGUUAGCCCGUACUUCCGACAGCUGCUCCUGGGUCCCAAAACCAGGGAACGUCCGCAGUCGCGGUGUGUCUGCAGGGAGCGAGACGGAGGCCCCCAUUCAAUGCUCUCCACCUGGGACGGGAGCAUUAUUGAUGACAUGCCCCGGUCGGAUGGACACACGGCAGGACGCCUCACCCGGCUGGUGGUGAAGGACCCUUUGCUGUGCAUGUGCCUGUGGGAGACCCUCAUGUUCAUUUACAGAGGAGCGUGGGAGUGGGAGCACCUCCAGGAGGCCUUGGAAGAGAAGCUGAAGAAUUCGCUAGCUGUGGCUCAACUUAUGGAGCGCAUACGAUCUCUUCUCAGCAGAGACAGGAGCUCCAGGGACACGCCGAGUGCGCGGGCAGCUCAACUCGGACCCCAGACCCUCGUCAACCUGUUCAACUCUCCGCUUUAUUCGGACGUGAUCUUCAUGGUUCAAGGAAGCGUGUUGCCGGCCCACCGGGCGGUGCUGGUGGCGCGCUGUGACGUGAUGGCGGCCAUGUUCAGCGGCAAGUACGCCGAGGCCCGCAGCAGAGUGGUUCCCAUCCACGGCGUCUCCUCUGACACCUUCCUGUCUUUUCUGGAGUACCUCUACACGGACUCCUGCUGCCCUGCCAGUGUGCUGCAAGCCAUGGCCGUGCUGGUCUGCGCCGAGAUGUACCAGGUGAAGCGACUGCAGCACCUGUGCGAGGUGUGCGUGUGUGCUUACCUGCAGAGCAUGCCCAGCAGAGAGCUGUCGUCGACAGGGAUCAGCGUGGUUCGACUUCUGCGCAGAGCUAAGUGCCACAAUGCAGAGCAGCUGUACAUCUGGCUCCUCCACUUCAUCGCCAACAACUACCUGAUCUUCAGUCAUAAGCCGGACUUCCUGGAGCUCUCGGAGGAGGAGCGUGAGCAGGUGGAGAGGCUCCGCUGGCCGUCCAGAGGAUACCUGCAGGAGCUCAGCGAGUAUCAGCAGCGGCGCCGCAAACUCCGCAAGUCUCGCUGCCUGGUCAUGUGACCACAUCUGGACGCCUCGACCCUGCAGAACGGAGGAAAGGAAUCAUGGCAGGGAAUAACUCGAGGCAAGAGAGGAUUAAUGACUGAAACACAAGUUUGACUUUGCGGGACAACUCUGGGAAGGAGUUCAGAGACAAAUAAAAAAAACAACAACUUUGAAGCAGCUGAUCCGUUGGGACUGGAGUCUCCACUUCCUCCUCCCUGCCUACAGACUCUUGCAAAACAGGAAAUAUGUGAUGACUGAUCCUUAAAACCCAAUAUGAUUUUAAAACGACCGUCCGACCUCUGGUUGGAGGCUCUGUGAUAGAUUAUAUUUUCUACUGACAGCUUUGGCAAUACAGUGAGCUUCACAGAAAAAGAAAAAAAAAUAAAUCACAGAAUGGUGUGAAAUAUCCAAGCAUUCGGUGGAAAACAACCCAGAUCGGUCCUUAUGUGAAUUCAGGUUGAGAAAAAAAAAAAAAA